UCCACUCUCUUUCCAUCUUCAUAUAAAUACCAAACUACACUUCUCACUUCUCACCACUCAACCCCACUCUUCAGUUUCUCUCUCUAAACCUCUCUUCUUGUGUGGGUGAAAAUGGCGUCCUCCUGCACCUCUCUCUUUCUACUCCUUUUCAUGGUGUUUGCGGGUUCUUUCCACCUGAGUGUUCAAGAAACCACGGUUUCUCUGUCGUUUCCUCUGACCUCUGCUCCUCUGUCAGAAACCUCUUCUGCUAGAGCAAAGUUCCUCUCUUCAAUGGUGGCGUCUGUUUCGGGUAAGAGAAGGGUACAGAAGACGACCGCGGCGGGGGUGGCGUCGCCGCCGUUUGGUUACAACUAUCGGUCGUCGUUCAAGUAUUCGAUGGCCCUGAUUGUUUCUCUCCCCAUCGGCACCCCGCCGCAAACGCAGCAGAUGGUUUUGGACACCGGCAGCCAGCUGUCUUGGAUUCAGUGCCACCGGAAAUCACCCCGGAAGCCGCCUCCAUCGUCGUCGUUCGACCCUUCUCUCUCUUCUUCCUUCUCUGUCCUCCCCUGCAACCACCCCCUUUGCAAGCCCAGAAUUCCCGAUUUCACCCUCCCGACGACGUGCGACCAGAACCGUCUCUGCCACUACUCUUACUUCUACGCAGACGGGACCUUGGCCGAGGGCAAUCUCGUCAGGGAAAAAUUCACCUUCUCUAGUUCCCGAAGUACCCCUCCCCUGAUACUGGGAUGCGCGACGGACUCCGGCGAGGCUGAGGGCAUCCUGGGAAUGAAUCUUGGGCGGCUGUCCUUUGUUUCCCAAGCUAAGGUCCCCAAAUUCUCUUACUGCGUCCCCGCCAAACAAGGCCUUGUCGUUAACAAGAGUAAUAAUAAUAACAACAGCAAUACGGGGUCGUUUUACCUCGGCUUCAACCCCAACUCCCGUGCGUUUCGAUACAUCGACCUUUUGACCUUCCCCCAAAGUCAACGCCUCCCCAAUUUUGACCCUCUCGCCUACACCGUCGGCCUCGUGGGCAUCAGAAUUGGCGGGAAAAGACUGAACAUCUCCGCGGCGGCGUUCCGGCCGGACGCCGGCGGCUCCGGCCAGACGAUGAUCGACUCCGGCACGCAGUACACUUUCCUGGUCGAAGCCGCGUACGCUGAGGUGAGGAAGGAGGUCGUGAGGCUGGCGGGGCCGAAACUAAAGAAAGGGUACGUCUACGGCGGCGCGUUGGACAUGUGCUUCGACGGGGAACCGAGCGAGAUCGAACGGCUGAUAGGGAACGUGGUGUUCGAAUUCGAGAAGGGGGUGGAGAUCUCGAUCGACAAGGAGAGGAAUUUGGAUGAUGUGGGAGGUGGCGUACAUUGCGUGGGCAUCGGUCGCUCGGAGUCGCUCGGAGUUACGAGUAAUAUCAUUGGCAACUUUCAUCAACAAAAUCUAUGGGUGGAAUUUGAUGUGGCGAAUCGACGGGUAGGAUUUGGAGAGGCUGAUUGCAGCAGAACAACGUAAGACUGAGAUGAUGUUAUGUUAAUGUAGUACAUAUUUUGUAUAUUAAUAUUAAUAUGAUGAUGUAGUAGGAGUUGAGAGUACAUAGAUUUGUUGCGUGAUAUGUGUUUUCUUACACUUAUUUUAGUUCAAUAUCAAAUCAAAUAAAGUACGCAGUUGAUUUUAAAUUAUA